CUCUCAGCACCAUCAUCUUGCCUGGGGGCCGUCAGAUACAAUGCCCGGUCCAGCUGUCUAUGCCGUCGUAGCCGUCGUUGGGACUGUCGCCGCCGUCGUGGCAUUCAAGGAGUUCGUAUAUGAACCCCACAUUGCCCCGAAAGUCGAAGCGUGGGCGGAGAGUUACCUUGCUCGCCGUCGGGCACGGCGGCGUCAACGGCAGGGCCCUGCACUCGCUCAGCCUUAUUCGGCAGACGAAGGCGAAGCUGGGCCGAGUCACCCCAGACGUUCCUUCGAGCUUGGGAAGGGCUCGGAUGCCGACGACCGUACGUCUAUCGAGCUGGAGAAGCUCGUUGCGAAAGAGGUUGACGAAUGGAGGAACGGCGUUGAGCGAUCUCAGUCUGAGCUGCGGCAGAGGCAUAACCGCAAUGCGUCUGCAUUGGACGAGUCGAAUAUUUCGAUACCUUUUGCGCCGAUGUCGCCUACCCAUGUCAUCUUCGACACUACUACUACAUCCUCAUCCUCGCGCACGUCCGUCGGCCGCACGCCGUCCGGCACGCUGACCAUCAGCGAUAUCGAUGAAGGGUCGGUGCGAGGUUCGGAAUACCAGGAACGAGUCGCCACACCCCCGACAGCUGUUGCACCGACCAUAGUCUAUCCUCGACUUCCGACUCCCUCCUCGUCCAGGUCUUCCACUCCCGCUGUUCGCUCGGCUAUGUCCCGCUCAGCGAUCUCUGUUUUCGAGUCGGCUUGCUCAGGCUCUCCCUCAGGCUCUCCCUCUAGCUCACGUUCGCCCUCUCCGCCCCGUCAGAUCGUAUUGUCCGGCUCUCGUCCAGAAUCGCCGUUCUCCGAUCUCGCAGCUGUCGCGCAGGCGAGGUCGGCCAUGACUUCGCCGUUCUCUUUGCCCUCCGACGCGGAUGAUGUACUCAGUUUGCACUCUGGACUCUCCUCUGCAGCAGUCAGCGUCCACGAGGACGACGUGCAGUCGCUUGACGGUAGUGAGGACUCAAGCUGGGCCAGUAUUGGUAGCCCCAGGCAUCAGUGAUCUUGCACUCCCGGAAUGUCUUGCAUGAAUCAUCCCUCUAGACUGGACGGAAGUACAGUUGUAUUAUUUGUUUGACGCCAAGCGUCAUAUAGCGGUAGCUAUCUUGUUGUACAUUUCUCUGCUCUUUCUGUGUUAUAUCGGGACCUCAUCCUCCGCGCCAGUCCGUCGUAUUGCAUCUCCAUUGAUACUUGACUGACGCAUUAUAUAUUCCACUGUUGCUGUAGAUCCGUAGUGCUGUACAUGUGGGCAAUCUUACUGUAAAACUCUACAAUCAAAUAAAGCGCGAAAAUGCAGAUUAGCAACGUUUCUACAAGCGACUGCGUAUCCUUCGCCGUCGAUUAGAUCUUCGCCUUGAGUGGUCUCUGAACUUGGCCGGGUCCGGGACUUUGUCAGGAUCCAACCCUUCUUCUCUCUGGGCUUCUCGAAAGUGUUCCGUAUACUUCAUUGCGCACACGAUCCGCUCGAACUGCGACGGCUGGUCGGGAGCCUCCACUUCGAAUUCGGGUUCUUGGGCGUAGCCAAUGGUUGCGACUUCGAUCAGGAUCGCUGCGGUUAAACCAAACACGGGCUUCACCCCGCCGGCUUCUCUCCCGGUGAGGAACCUAUGCAUCCUGAUUUUCCGCUCCUUCUCUCCCGACUGGCUGUAUCUUCCCC